AUGUCUGAGUAUAUUAGGAUGGGAGAAGAUGAGGACAUAAUAAGUAAUAUAAAUGAUACAUGCUUUAUAUGUCUAGAGGAUUCAUCCCAGGGAAAACUUAAGCGAUGUUGUUCUCAGUGUUAUGCACUUGUACACGGAAAGUGUUGGUCAAAAUGGAGUAGCUCGCAACAGAUUUCGGUCUUGAGAAAUAUUUUGCUUGGAGAACAAUCCAAAGAAGUUGAGUUGUGUUCUAUUUGCAGAAGCGGAUCCAUCCAAAUUGAACACUCAGAGGAUGGCUCUGAGGAUUUUUCCAAGAUUCUGAGUGGUGGGCUAAUUCGGAGAUUCUUUCGAAUUUUAGCAAGCAGACUUUAUGGAAUUCAAUAUGGUUCUUUUAUGGUAUCUUCAAUGGGGCAUCCAUUUUCUAGUUUGAGAAACCUACUAAUAAAUGGAGUUUUUCUAUUGCUCUUCUUCAUCUAUAUCUUAUACCAAGAGGGGAAUCCAGAUACCAAGAGUAUAAUUACAAUCUCUUUGUGGGCAUAUAUUACACUACUACUGCAGUUUCUGAUACUAACAGGAAUGUAUAGAAGACAAGUUUUAAAUGAACUAGCUAUAGACGAGCCUAAUCUAACUGAUACAUAUGAAACUGUAGGACAAAAUGAUUAA